AUGAUGAGUUCUGAGCGUCGUCCUUCUAUGGCGGAGAGACGUCCCUCGAUUAUGGGGCCAUUGUCUCCGCAUGUGGAGCACAGAGGCUCUAAUUUAAUGGUGCCACACUUGGCUGGAUUAGAAGAUCCCCUGCCGGAUUCGACACCUGGAAAUGUUGAUGUUGUAAUAGUAGGAACAGGUCUUGUGGAAAGCAUCUUAGCGGCGGCUUUGUCUUGGCAAGGUUCUAAUGUACUUCAUAUCGAUGCUAACACUUACUACGGAGAUUCAUCGGCAACUUUGACUAUCGACCAGCUUAAACAAUGGGUGCAGGAUGUUAACUCAGAUAAGAUGAAGUUCUACGAAAAUGCAAAACUUCAUGUCUCAGGUGCUAUAAGGAAUGGGAAAUACUCUUCAAGAGAUUUUGGCAUCGACUUAUCACCUAAAAUUCUAUUCGCUAAGUCGGACUUGUUAUCCAUUUUGGUCAAAUCUCGUGUCCAUCAAUACCUUGAAUUCCAAUCACUCUCAAGCUUUCAUACUUUUGAGAAUGACUCUUUCGAAAAAUUGACGAAUACAAAGCAAGAAAUCUUCACAGACCCAUCUUUGCCACUGAUGACGAAAAGAAACCUCAUGAAGUUCAUCAAAUUCGUACUAGACUGGGAGUCUCAGACAGAAAUAUGGGCAUCUUACGCGGAAGCGCCUAUCGCUACGUUUCUCGUGGAAAAAUUCAAAUUAGAUAAAGCUCAAGUUUACGAACUAAUAUUCUCGAUUGGUCUCUGCUAUAAUAUUGACGUCAAAACACCAGAAGCACUUCAAAGAAUUCGCAGGUACCUGAUCAGCUUUGAUGUAUAUGGUCCUUUUCCAGUUUUAUAUUCAAAGUAUGGUGGACCGGGUGAACUGUCGCAAGGCUUUUGCCGAUCGGCAGCUGUUGCUGGUGCUACCUAUAGGCUAAAUUUAAAGUUCAUCUCAUAUGACCCAAUCACAAAAAUGGCGCUUUUCAGUGACGGCUCAAAAGUAUCAGUCACAGAAAAAGUAGUUGUUGCUCCCACUCAAUCAUCGGAUAAUAGUAUGAACGUUCCUGAACAAAAAUACGAGGUGCAAAGGUUGACUUGCGUAGUUGAGAAGCCCUGCACAGAAUGGUUUGCAGAAGGUGAGAACGCAUCCGUUGUAGUCUUUCCACCAGAUUCACUGAAAUCAGGUAAUAAACAAGCAGUCCAGGCUCUUGUAAUGGGAUCCGGCAGUGAUAUUUGCCCCAAAGGUACUUCCGUAUGGUAUUUAAGCACAACACAAAGUGGGCCUCGUGGGGAGCUUGACCUUGAUGCUGCAUUAGAAGCACUUGAAGAGAGUAUCAUAAGGGAAUCAUCUGCAGAUCUGGAGAAUGACGAAAACAUUCUGCAAGUGGGCUCCAAUGGUCAUUUCGUUCUCAACUCUGUAAAAUUGGGCCAAUCUUUUAAAGAAUAUAUUCCAAGAGAAAAGCUACAGUUCUUAAUGAAGCUUUACUAUAAACAAUUCACUUCUACACCACCUUUUGAGGUGGUCGAUCCAUCCAUAUUUGACUUAAACAGUACGGAUGAUGAUAGGCUUAUCCCAGGUGCUAGCGACAAUGCUGUACUGUAUACAUCUCCCCCUUCUGCGGAGAUUUCAUAUGAUGAAGCGAUAACGGCAGCCAAAGUUCUUUUUCAAAGAAUAGUUGGUAGCGAUGAUGACUUUUUUGAUAUAGACUUCGAGGAUGAAGAUGAUACCGAAAAACUGAAUGAAUCCGCAAUUACUGAUGACGAAAAUAUGAAUAUGACUUUGGAUACGGGAAUGAGUGUGGAGCCUGUUGAGUUCGCUGGCGAAAUGGAAAUAUGA